AUGUCUCUCGACCUAGCUACCAACGGCCAGCAGAUCAAGGACGUGUACGGCGCCAUUGUCAGCAAUGACCCCGAGUUCCCCUGGGCAAUCUUUGGUUAUGCCACCUCUCCCACAGCGUCCUCGGCCACCAUCAAGGUCGCAGCCAUCCCUGAGUCUGACACUUCCACUCUGGCCGAUUUCCUCGACGAGUUCGAGGAGGGCAAGCUGCAAUACGGCCUGGUCCGAGUCCCCGACCCUCACUCGAAGCUACCCAAGAUUGUCUACGUGGGCUGGUGUCCUGAGGGAGUCCCCGACCCUCGAGCCAAGGGUGUCUUCAACCCCCAUCUCCAUGCCCUUGGAAAUCUCUUCCACGGCUACCACGUCCAGGUGACUGCCCGAGACCGAGACGAUCUCACUGAGGAUGUGAUCCUGGAGCGGCUGGAGCGAGCCUCUGGUGCCAAGUACGGAGCCACCUCAUCCAGAAAGCCCGGAAUCUCGUCGGCCAUCAAGACCAAGCCCACCUACACAACGCAAAAGUCUGGAGCCGAUGAGGAGGACUGGGGAGACGCCCCUGCAGUGGAAACCAAGCCCGUCUCCAAGCCCACACCUGUUGAGUCGUCCUACAAGCCCGUCAAGGUUGACCUGGCCGAGAUCCGAAAGAAGGGAGGACCCUCGACCUUCACGUCCGAGGGACGAGACGCCGACUCAGAUCGAGGCAUUGUCGGUGGCUCCUACAAGCCCGUCGGUAAAAUUGACAUUGCAGCCAUCCGAGCCCAGGGCAAGGGACACAAGGAGUCCUUUGAAAACACCCCCAUCAAGACGGACCUCGACAAGCCCAAGCCCAAGGCCACUCCUAAGCCUACCUCUAAGCCUGCCCCUGUCGCCGAUGUUGAGGAUGAGGACAACCAGAACGGGGACGAGGACGGCGAGCCUAUGUCUCUCAAAGACAGAAUGAAGGCCUUCCAGAAGCCCUCCAAGUCUUCUUCUACUCCCACUCCCUCCAAGAAGCCCCCUACCACCAUUGGUGGAGACGACGACGAUGAGGAGGAUGAGACCCCCAAGUCUGUUAAGGACCGACUCAACGCUUUCUCCGGGUCUGGACGGCUCACCGAGAUGCCCAAGCCCAAGAUCGACAAAUCUGCUAUCCAGUCUCGAUUCACACCCGCUGCCUCUCGAGGAACCAAGCCUCUGGCCCCCGCCGGUGAUCUGUCGUCUCAGUAUGGUCUCAAGACCUCAAUUGUGUCUGGUGGAUCCCGAGAUUUUGCCUCUGAGAACGGUAAGACUCCCGGUCAGAUCUGGGCUGAAAAGCAUGGAAAGACUCCCCAGCCUGACGUGGCCGUGCCUUCGUCUACCUCCAACGUCUCUUCUGCAUCCGACAAGUUCUCCAAGCUGUCUGUGAACGACGAUGAUGAGGAGGACAAGAAGACUCCUGCUUCUUUCGGUGGUGAUGACGACGAAGAUGACGAGCCCCACGCAUCGGUUUCCGCUCUUCGAGGUGCCUUCAAUAAGCCGGCCGUGCAUGACGAGCCCAAGAAGUCCACCCCCGCCCCUGCUUCUCGAACCAUUCCUCCUCCCCCUCCUUCCGCCUCUCGAGUAAACGACGACGACGAUGAUGAGGACGAGGACGAUGCUCCCGCUGUCUCUGUCUCUGCUCUCCGAGGCGCCUUCAACAAGCCCGCUGCUGCCGACGAAGAUGAUGCUCCCCCUCCUCCUGCUCGAACAGUGCCCCCGCCUCCUCCCUCUGCAUCUCGACCCCCCGCUGAUGAGGAUGACGACGAUGAGGACGAGCACAACAGCUUCUCCAAGGGCGCCUCUGCUCUUCAGGCCGCCUUCUCUGCUGGUGCUGGUACCGGAGGACCUCCUCCUCCUCCUGCUCGAGGAGCUGCCAAAGAUGAGGAAGAAGAUGAUGCUCCUCCCCCCAUGCCUGCUCGACACGCCCCUCCUCCCGCCAACGACGAUGAUGCCCCCCCUCCUAUGCCUGCUCGACAUGUUGCUAACGACGCUCCUCCUCCUCCCAUGCCAUCUCGACCUGCUGCCGAUGAGCCUCCUGCUCCCGCCCUGCCUUCUCGAGGCGGUGCUGCUGCUGCCACUCCUGCUGCUGUUGUCUCCAGCAAGCCCUCUGCCACCGUGGAGUACGAUUACACUAAGGAUGAGGAGGGUGAGAUCGAUCUCGUGGAGGACGAGAUCGUCACCGACAUUGAGUUCCUGGACGAGAACUGGUGGAGCGGAACCAACUCCAAGGGUGAGUCCGGUCUGUUCCCCUCCAACUAUGUCAGGCUUAAGGAUGGUGCUGUGCCCACCAUUCCCGAUCCUGCCGCGGCUGCCGGCGCUGCUGCCGGCGCUGCUGCCGGAGCUGGCACUGGCCCCUCUGCCAUCGCCCUGUACGACUACGACGCUGCUGAGGACAAUGAACUGAGCUUCGCGGCGGACGAUAUCAUCACAGAUAUUGAAUUCAUCGACGAGGACUGGUGGACCGGAUCGCUCAACGGCAAGCGAAACCUCUUCCCUUCCAACUUUGUUGAGCUCCAGGAUUAG